CAGCUGGUCAUGCCCGUCGCCGACAUCAUCGCCGCCGGCGAGUCGCUCAUCGACAGCGGUGAUGGCGGCGAGGAGGAGAUCGGAUGGAGGAUGCUGGUCAGAGUCCUGGCUGCCUCGCAGCUGGCGGUCGAGGUCUGGUGGGGUGUCCGCAUCCUUGCCAUGCUGUGGUAUGGGGAAGAUCGGUGGAUCGGGGUGGGGACCAUGCUCGCGUGCGGUGGCAAGGCCUACGAGGCGCUCGCCAUCACACUUGUUGAGGUGGUGGAUGACGCCGACAAGACGAGCAUGCUCAUGGUCGCCGCUUCGCAGGGCUUGGUGGCCCUGGUGACGCGGCUGCUGAACGAGCCCGGGGUGGAGCCCACUGCUGAUGAGAGCUGUGCGCUGCGAUGGGCGGGCGGAACGGACACGCCGACGCGCUCGUGCUUCUGCUCGCCGAUGGGCGUGGCGGCCGAGAGCGGACACGUCGACGUGGUGGCCGCCCUCCUCGUCGACGGGCGGGUGGAUCCGGGUGUCGGCAACAACUACGCGAUCUCAGCAGCGUCGUCGUGCGGCCAUCCCGAGGUCGUCACCUUGCUCAUAGCCGAUCCGCGGGUGGAUAGUUCGAUCUUGGACAAGUGGCGGUGA